AUGGAUCAAGAACUGCGACUAACUCGACUUCGCGCACGGCCUGCUUCUUUAUCUGAGUUUAUUACACUUCAUUCCAUCAUUUGUGGUGCUCUUCUCAUUCCAGAUUUUGCUCAUGAUGGAGAUUAUUUUCUUGUGGAUACUGUGGAUACUGACAUGUUUCUUCAGUACCCUCCUUCCUCUUCUAACUCUCAACUUCUCAAAGCACGCUUCCCCACUGCUUGGGGAUCUUCGGGUCACCGUCUUUUCAUAUCCGCUUUCAUGCUCGCAUCCAAGGUCAUCUGUGACAGCACUUACUCCAACAAAUCCUGGAGUAUUGUAGCCCAGGGUAUGUUCCAAUUGCGAGAAAUCAAUCAGAUGGAGUGCAAGAUGUAUCAGUAUCUGGAGUGGGAACUCAAUGUGGAUCCAGUAACGCUUAGGGAGUUCGAAGACAUGGUCAAGAAUCUUCGGGGUACUUAA